AUGUCCUCAAACACCAACGCUCGCCAGUCCUGGAAGGUUCCCGCCUCGAUCAUCUCCAAGCGCACCUCAAACCCCAUCCGCGCCAUCGUCGAUCACAUCAAGGUCAAGCCCAAUGCCAACAAGUCGAUGAUCUCCCUCGCCCUCGGCGACCCCACCCUUUUCGGAAACUUCAAGAUCCACCAGACCUGUACCGACGCCGUCUCCAAGCAGUUGCACUCCUACAAGUCGAACGGUUACCCUCCUUCGACCGGUUACAUCCAUGCCCGUCAGGCAGUGGCCGAGAAGUUUACGCUCCCUGAGGCUCCUUUGGUCGCGCAGGAUGUGAUUAUUACGAGUGGAUGCUCGGGUGCGUUGGAUAUGUGCAUUGGAGUCCUCUGUAACGAGGGAGAUAACAUCCUUUUGCCUCGUCCUGGAUUCUCGCUUUACCAGACUUUGGCUGACUCCAAGGGGGUUGAAGUCCGGUACUAUGAUCUCUUGCCCGAGAACAACUGGGAGAUGGACUUGAAGCAACUCGAGACCCUGAUCGACGACCGCACCGCCACCGUCGUCAUGAACAACCCCUCCAACCCCUGCGGCUCCGUCUUCAGAAAGCAACACCUCCUCGACUUCCUCGCCGUUUGCGAGCGCAACCACCUUCCCGUGAUCGCCGAUGAGAUCUACUGCGACCUUGUCUUCUCCGGCAACGAGUUCUUCCCCCUCGCCUCCCUCACCACCACCGUCCCCGUCCUCGCCGUCGGAGGCCUCGCAAAGAAGUACCUCGUCCCCGGAUGGAGAGUCGGCUGGAUCUUCAUCCACGACCGCAACGACAUCUUUAACGCCGAAGUCCGCGAGGGCCUCAACAGCUUGUCCCAGUUGAUCCUCGGUUCCAACUCCUUGGUCCAGGCCGCCCUCCCCGAUAUCCUCCACAAGACCGACCCAGCCUUCUAUGACGAGACCCGUGUCCAACUCGAGGCCAACGCCAAAUUGUCGACUGAUAUUCUGUCCAAAGUCCCCGGGCUUAAGGUCAUUGUCCCCCAGGGUGCUAUGUAUGUCAUGAUCUCGAUCAAUGUUGCCGAGUUCAAGGAUAUCGAGAACGAUAUCGUCUUCACGGAAAAGUUGCUUGGUGAGGAGUCCGUUAUGUGCUUGCCUGGUUCGGUCUUCCAGUGCCCCAAUUUCAUCCGCAUCGUCUUCACCUCCCCUCCCGAGGUUCUCCAGGAUGCCUACACCCGUAUGGCCGAGUUCUGCGCCCGCCACCACGUUUAA